CGUUCAGCAUCAUUGCUUGCCCUGGUGUUGCUGCUGGCCAUCAGCACGCGCGCCGAAGAGGAGAAAGCUGUCGAAACCAAAUCUGCUGAGUCCGCGAAAGAAGGUGCCAAGGAAUCCUCCGCCGCUGCUGCCGCCGACGAUAGCGAAAGCACCAAAACCAAACGUGGCCUACAUCAUUUCGAGGACUACCACCAUGAGUACCAUCAUCCCAUUCACGAGGAAAAAACAUUGACCAUUAUCAAGAAAAUACCCGAACCUUAUCCCGUCGAGAAGCAUGUGCAUGUGCCCGUCGAGAAGCACAUACCUGUACCGAUUAAGGUGAAAGUGCCCAAACCAUAUCCCGUGGUCAAGCAUAUACCUUAUGAGGUGAAGGAAAUCGUCAAGGUGCCACAUGAAGUACCCGCACCUUAUCCAGUUGAAAAGAAGAUACCCUACCCAGUGCAUGUGCACUACGAUCGUCCAGUGCCCGUGAAAGUUUAUGUGCCCGCCCCCUAUCCAGUUGAAAAGAAGGUGCAUGUGCCCGUAAAAGUGCACGUACCCGCACCUUAUCCAGUUGAGAAGAAAGUACACUACCCAGUGAAGGUGCAUGUGCCCGUCGAAAAACCAUACCCAGUUGAGAAGGUUGUACAUUACCCCGUCAAGGUGCAUGUCGAUAAGCCAGUGCCGUAUCAUGUUGAGAAACCAGUACCAUACCAUGUUGAGAAACCAGUACCAGUGCCAGUGAUCAAGAAGGUGCCCGUGCCAGUGCAUGUACCCUAUGAUAACCCCGUGCCAGUGCAUGUUGAAAAACCAGUACCAUACGAAGUGAAAGUACAUGUGCCCGCCCCAUACCCAGUUGUCAAGGAAAUUCCAGUCAAGGUCGAAAAACAUGUGCCCUACCCAGUCAAGGUGCCCGUUGAGAAACCAGUGCCCGUUCACAUUGAGAAACACGUACCUGAAUACCAUGAGAAACACAUCUCCUACAAGGAACCCGUUUUCGUUCACAAGGAAAUCAAGGAACACGAGCCCGUUCACCAUCAUGAGGAGUACCAUCACGAGGAGAGCCACGAUUUUGGUGGUCAUGAGGUGAGCUACGACUUCGGUGGUCAUGAUGAGGUGGAAUCAUUUGGCGAAUACGAACAUGAGGAGCAUGGAUACUAAUAUGGAAUUUCACUCCACCACUCCAUCCAUCUCUCAUUCAUUCUCAUAUAUUUACACACUCAUUCAUAAAUACAAAUGCCUUAAAAUGCCUUUGCCUUGCUCUCCGUCAACGUUCUCUCCGCUACACGUAUGCUCUCCUUCCCCCUCUCUCUCCCUCUUUUUUUCAUUACAGCAUUGAGAAAAAAGUUGUGAGUAAGGCUUUUGUGAGCGCACGCUAACUACAUACGUUGAGACGAUGCAGAGCGUGAGCGAGCAAGCGAGCAGGCGAACGUGCGUGUGCGCAUAAGGAUAUAGUAUAGAUAUGGAUGAUGCGAGUCGAAUUGAGUCGAAAAGGGGAAAAGUAUGAAA